GAGAUGGAAGAAGAAGGCCGAAGACGGUGGCCGUUGGUGGUUCUAACAGUACCUCCAUUUCAUGGCCACAUGACUCCAACUCUCCAGCUUGCCACUGCCCUUCAUGCUAAAGGCUUCUCCAUAGCCAUUGCUCACUGCAAGUUAAACCCUCCUGACCCAUCUAACCAUCCCAACUUCAUCUUCCUCCCUCUUUCUGAUAACUUAUCCGCCAUUGAUUCCUCCUCAAGCUUCACUCGUUUCAUCAGCGAUCUAAACACCAACUGCCGACCAUCGUUCCAUCAACAUCUGACUCGAUUGAUGAGUGAAGAUCAAAGGCAAGGAGAGAAAAGUAAAUCAGUGGUUAUCAUCUACGAUCACCUUAUGUUCUUUGCAGGAUCUGUUGCCAUGGAUCUGAAUCUUGUGGGCAUCCUGUUUCGCAGUUGCAGUGCAGCAUACUUUUGGGCUUGUCUUGUUCGUCAGGAGCUGCAUCCACGAGGAAAGUUUCUUGAACAAGAUUUUGUGAUGCAGGAUAUGAUACCAGAUCAUCAUCCCCUCAGGUACAAAGAUCUGCCUUAUUGUAAAUCGCCUAUCGAAGAUUGGAACCAACGGGUUGCUAUUUUCAGCCAAGAGCCCCGCCCCUCGGCUAUUAUUUGCAACACUGUUCAAUUUCUCGAACAUGAACUGUUAUACCAAACCCAUGAACACCACCAAGUUCCAAUCUUUGCGGUUGGACCUCUGCACAAAGUAACACCAAGUCCACCUAUUAGUUUUCUUGAAGAGGACACAAGUUGCAUCCGUUGGCUAGAUAAGAGAGCUCCUAAAUCCGUGAUCUAUGUAAGCUUCGGAAGCUUAGCCACCUUGGAUGCAAAAGUGAUGAUCGAGAUGGCAUGGGGUCUAGCCAAAAGUAACCAGCCAUUCCUAUGGGCGGUUAGACCUGGUUCAGUCUGCGACUUUGAAUGGACCGAGUUCUUGCCAGAGGGUUUUAGAGAAGAAACAGACGGACGAGGUGUAAUUGUGAAAUGGGCACCUCAGAAGGAAGUGUUGGCGCAUUGGGCGGUUGGUGGAUUUUGGAGUCAUUGUGGUUGGAACUCGACAUUGGAAAGUAUUUCAGAAGGGGUUCCGUUGAUAUGCCAACCGUUUAUUGUAGACCAGAUGGUGAACGCACGAUACGUGAGUUACGUAUGGAAGAUAGGGUUGGAGUUGGAGGUUUUGGAGAGAGGGGAGAUGGAAAACAUGGUAAAAAGAGUAAUGGUGGAUGAAGAAGGGAAGGAAAUGAGAUUGAAAGUAGGUGAAAUGAAGGAAAUGGUUAAAAAAGCAGUGCAAAAUGAUGGUUCUUCACAUGAUUCAUUACAGGGUUUGUUUGGUUUGAUUCUAUCGUCUUGAUGGUAGUCAAGAAACCUUUGAUCUUAGUAAAAUCCCCUUGUUAAUUUCAAAAAUGGAUAUUUAAUUU